UUUACGCGGACUCUAGAAGGGCUGGUCGCAUUGUCAUCUUAGAUCUCCUCGUGGAAAGUCUGCCUUAAAUAUUUAGUUCAAAACAAGAAUGGGAAGGAAUUAUUUCUACCAGUAGGUUGUUUGUUUUCACUGUGAGAGACGGAAAAGAAUCGCUUUAGUGUAUUUCAGCCUCCUGAAGAUAGUUUACUUCCGAAUUCCAGAGGAAUAAGCCUCGGUUUCAAGUCCAGAAAUGUCACCAAUGCUGCCAGAUUACAGGGCAAAAUAUAGGCAACAUAUUAUCAAGAAAUACCAAAGACCAGAAGAUGGGAAAUCUGGCCACAGGAUCCUUGUGCCCCUAAAUGAAACAUACACUAAACUGAUUAUUGCAAAUGAAAAUGGAAGAGAGCAUGAAAUACUGAACAGGCCAUGGAGACAUACUGGAGCCCUGUCCGAGCAAAUGGCUGCUCUCACCAUAGAUGCCCUGUUUGAUGCUGACAAUGACAGACCACAGACAGUUGUGCUCCUGGGAGUGGCUGGGGUGGGGAAAACCACAAUGGCCAGAAAGAUCCUGCUAGACUGGGCAACUGGAAGACUCUUUCCCAAAAGAUUUGAUUACGUUUUCUACGUAAGUUGCAGGCAAACGAGUCUAGUUACAGGGCAAGUUAACUGGGCUGACUUGGUUUUAAAUAAUGAGCCUGAACUGACACCGAGUGAAGCAAUGGAAGAGCUUCUAGUGAAUCCUGGCAAAUGCCUCUUCAUAAUGGAUGGCUUUGAGGAACUGGGUUGCUCCAUUGAGCAGGAGGAAGACAACCUGAGCACCAAUCCCUGUGAGAGGAAGCCAUUGAGGGUGCUACUGAGUGACUUAUUUCACAGACGUGUUCUUCCUGAGUCUUGCUUGAUAAUCACUACCAGGCCAAGUGUUCUUGGGCGCCUUGAGGAUCAUUUGCAGACCCCACGCUAUGUGAGGCUUCUGGGUUUUUCUGAGCAGGGCAGAGAAGAAUAUUUCCUGAAGUUCUUUGGAGCUAAAGAACCAGCAACACAGGCUCUGAGUUCCCUUAAAAGGAAUGAAGCACUCUUUGCCCUGUCCUUUGUCCCCAGUGUAUGCUGGAUCAUCUGCACUGUGAUGAAACAGCAGCUAGAUGAGGGCAAGGAACAUCCUGUACCAAUGUCUGAAAAACUCACUGCAGUGUAUGCACUUUAUCUCUCCCAUUUGACAGAGUCUCUUUGCAGUGGUUCAGAACAGCAGAAUCUGGAAGGACUUUGCUCAUUGGCUGCUGAUGGGCUUUGGAAAAAGAAAACUUUGUUUGAAGAUAAAGAAAUGCAGAAGCAAAGUUUAGUUCAGUUGGAUUUUCUCCCAUCUGCUUUGCAUCAGGCUCUUUUUCAGAAAGACUUUGAUUGUGAAGGCACCUACAGCUUCAUCCACCUUAGUGUGCAGGAGUUUCUUGCAGCUUUGUUCUAUGUUUUUGAACCUGUAUCUAAAGAUUCUCAAAGUACUAAGGAAGACAUCAAAACACUGCUAGACAGCUGUAGCUCAGACCAAGGAGAUUUGACCUUAACCGCACAAUUCAUCUUUGGCCUUUUAAACAAAAAAAUCAUGACAUACUUAAAAGAACAAUUUGGGUGGAAAAUUUCAUCUAGAAUUAAGAUUGAUUUAUUGGAGUGGUUUAAAAUGGACACACAGAUUAAGUAUGUUUAUCCAAAUUACAAUCAACUCGAGCGUUUUCAUUAUUUGUAUGAGAUCCAAGAAGAAGAAUUUGUUAAAAGUGCUCUAGAACAUUUGACUAAACUAAAUAUGGAGGCAUUGACAUUUACUCAAAUGGACCAAGUGGUUCUCUCUUUUUGCAUAAAGAACUGUUUAAAUUUGGAGACACUUUCCCUGUAUAGAUGUUUGUUUCAAUCGAAAGAUCAAGCAGAAGUACAUCCAGGAUUUUCCAAUCCAUCAUAUCAGCAACAUCAGGAGACAGAGAAGCAUUCAGGAAUUUACUUACUUUGUCAAGCACUGAAGGAUCCAUACAUUAAAAUAAAGAAACUGGAGCUUGAUGGAUGUAAGCUCACCGACUCUUGCUGUGCAGAUCUUUCCACUGUCCUCUCAACAGACCAAAUGUUGGUAGAACUGGAUUUACAGACAACCAAUCUGAAGGAUUCAGGAGUCAGACUGUUGGGUGAAGGCUUGAUUCAUCCAAACUGCAAACUAGAAAAACUGGGACUGUCAGACUGUAACCUGACCCAGGCUUGCUGCAGUGAACUUUCCGCUGUCCUCAGUACCAGCCAGACACUGACAGAGCUCAAGCUGGGUUGUAAUUCUUCCUUGGGAAUUCAAGGAAUUCAUCUGCUCUGCGAAGGGUUAAAACACCCAAACUGCAAGCUGCAGAGCCUAGAGUUGGAUGCGUGUGAUCUCACAGCUGCUACCUGUCAGGAUCUUGCCACAGUCCUCAGCACCAGCCAAGCACUGAUGAGGCUGAACUUGGAAAGCAACAAACUGGGAGAUGCAGGAGUGAAGCUUCUCUGUGAAGGACUCAAACAUCCAAAGUGCAAGCUUCAAACUUUAUUACUCUCCACAUGUGAGCUCGGCCCUGCCUGUUGCAGGGAUCUCUGCUCCGUUCUUAGCACCAGUCAGACCUUGACGGAGCUGGCUGUGGAAUAUAACAACCUGGAAGACUCUGGAGUGAAGCUGCUAUGUGAGGGACUGAAGCAGUCAACCUGCCGACUGGAAAAAUUGGGGCUGGCACAGUGCAGCAUUACAGCUGCUUGUUGCGGAGAUCUUGCGUCUGUUCUCACCAUCAAUCAGACUCUGACAGAGCUUGUCGUGGAAUGUAACAAACUUGGAGACUCGGGAGUGAAGCUCCUGUGUGAAGGACUCAGGCACCCACGUUGCAGGCUGCAGAAACUAAACUUGUUCAGUUGUGAUUUCACCAGUGCUUGCUGUGGGGAUCUCACCUCUGUCCUCAGAGGCAACCGGACACUGACAGAAGUGCUCGUGGGAGGUAAUACGCUUGGCGAUUUGGGCAUAAAGCUGCUGUGUGAGGGACUGAAUCAUCCCAACUGCACAUUACAGAAGUUGUGCUUGUGUAUGUGUGAAAUCACAGCAGCUGGUUGUGGGGCGCUUUCGUCAGUCCUCAGCACCAACCAGGUGCUGGAAGAUAUCGAUUUAUGGAACAACAAACUGGAAGAUGCAGGGAUGAGGCUGCUGUGUGAGGGUCUCAAACACCCGGACAGUAAGCUUCACACUUUGUCGUUGUGGAAUUGCAAAUUCAGUGCAGCUUGCUGUGGAGACCUCUGUGAUGUUCUCAGCACCAGCCAGAGUCUGAAGAAACUGCAGCUGGAGGGCAAUGAACUGGGAGAUUCAGGGGUGAUGUUGCUGUGUGAGGGACUGAAACACCCAGACUGCAGACUGAAGACAAUAGGGCUGGAUACUGACAACUUAACUGAAGACACACUGAGAGAGCUUAGUUGCCUGAAACAGAUAAAGCCUGAUCUUAUUUUAGACACAUAGAGGGAGCAACACUGAUGACAGAGGGCAGCAAUGGAAAAAUAUAGAGUACCAGGAUAACACUGUUGGGAUUCCACCACUCGUUAUCUACUUCUAUCAAUACGGAGCAAUGAAACCAACAUCCGGGCGUCUCUUAUUGUUAAUAAUGGAAGCAACAGCCAAAUGGCAAGGAAUAGGUCCCGACCUAUAUAAGAUCCCCCUCCUGCUCUGUUUCAACAGCCAAUUUUCUCCAGUGUUUUUGAAGCUGAGUGUCUUUUGUUCAUUGAACAAAUAAUAAAAUU